GCAAGACCAUCCUCAACCGCCAGCUCCCUCACUCGACAACUUCAACCCUCGGGACUACUAACUUUCUUUGUUUUCUUGUUUUAUUUUCAAUCCAAUUGCAUUUUCCGAAAAACAUCGACCGCAAACAUGGCCGCCGAUGGCGCGUCCUCCAUCUCCGUCACUGUACGAGUCCGCCCGUUUACCAUCCGCGAGGCAGCCCAGUUGGCACGAUGCGACGAGAGUACUCUCUUCCUCGGAGAUGGCUCGCUCGCUGCUGCACCCACCCCAAAAUUACAUCAGAAGGGUCUCCGUCCUGUAAUCAAGGUCAUGGAUGAGAAAUGCUUAGUAUUUGACCCACCUGAAGACAACCCCGUGCAGCGUUUUUCGCGAUCUGUUGUACCUCAGGGGAAGAAGGUCAAAGACCAAACGUUUGCGUUCGAUCGCGUCUUCGACGAGACUACAACACAGGGGGAUGUGUACGAGUCGACCACGAAACCUCUGCUGGACAGUGUGCUUCAGGGAUACAAUGCGACCGUGUUUGCAUAUGGCGCCACCGGCUGUGGAAAAACACAUACCAUCACGGGAACACCGCAACAGCCCGGCAUAAUCUUUAUGACGAUGCAGGAGCUUUUCGAAAAGAUCAAUGAUUUGCAAGAGGAGAAGGUCACUGAGAUUACCCUCUCGUAUCUGGAGAUUUAUAACGAAACCAUCCGCGAUCUGCUGGUGGAAGGGGGGAGCAAGCAGACGUUGAUGCUUCGCGAAGAUGCCAACCAAACGGUUUCCGUGCAAGGCCUCUCCAGCCAUCGCCCACAGAGUGUUGCAGAGGUCAUGGAAAUCAUCGUCCGUGGAAACGAGUAUCGAACCAUGUCGCCCACGGAAGCCAACGCCACCUCGUCGCGAUCACACGCCGUUCUCCAGAUCAAUGUCUCGUCCAAAGAUCGCAACGCCUCCGUCAACGAACCGCAUACCAUGGCAACUCUGAGCAUCAUCGAUUUGGCAGGUAGCGAGCGAGCAAGUGUCACCAAGAAUCGUGGAGAACGAUUACUCGAAGGUGCAAAUAUCAACAAGUCGCUCCUCGCACUAGGAAGCUGCAUCAACGCGUUGUGUGACCCUAGGAAGCGUAACCACAUCCCGUACCGCAAUUCCAAACUUACCCGUCUAUUGAAGUUCUCGCUUGGGGGCAAUUGCCGAACCGUCAUGAUUGUCUGUGUCAGCCCUUCAAGUGCACACUUCGAUGAAACACAGAACACCUUACGAUACGCAAACCGAGCCAAGAAUAUCCAGACCAAGGUCACGAGGAAUGUCUUCAACGUCAACCGUCACGUCAAGGACUACCUGAAGAAGAUCGACGAACAAAGGGCAUUGAUCGACGAAUUGAUGAAGAAACAAAAGGACAACGAAGGAAGCGCAUUCGUAAAGUUUCAGAAGCAGAGCGAAAAGAAGGAGAUUAUCCUGCACGAAGCCAUAGCUCGUCUACGGCAGGCGUAUGUGGAUUCUGAGGCAGAGAAGCGCGAGAGACUUGCGAUAUGCAAAACUCUCAAACAGGCAGAAAAGCGUGUUUCUCUCAUCUCCGCAUGGAUCGCUGCUUUCGACCAGGUCCAAGACGCUCGCGAGGGUGAGGAAAUGGCGCCUCAGGUCCUAGCCAUGCGAGACUCGGCGGUUGGCAUAUCUGCAGAGCUCGAGCAGACUCGACAGCAUUGCCAUCGACGAAUGGAGCGCACUAACUGGGCCAGCAAGUUGGAUACUGCUCACCAGGUUGGUUUAAGGCAGUUGACCGAAGUCGACGGCAACAACGAUAGCAACGAUGCGGCCAAUUUGACGAGGGAAUACGAACUUUUGAAAUCUGGCGCUGAGCGUGAAGUGCUUGCUGCUUUGUUGGAACAAGAGAAAGGAGGUGAUGCUGCAGUCGUUCAAGUGCUUGUAAAGGCACACAUCGAGACGGUGGCCAUUCUCAAUCAAAUCACACAUAUGGAUGAGACAGAAGCCGUCCAAGCCGCCAGGAAGAUUCUCACCAAGAUUAUGAACUCCUGUACCAACGCCACGUCGCAGGCAAUCCGUCCAGAUGGCGGCCUGCCAGUUACGGAAUUCUUUGCUCCGAGCCAUAAGGGCACACCCAAGCGCAGGAAGCCAGUUCAUAUCCAGGAUCCAUCUCCGAUGCGCCCGCUGGCUAUACCCACGCUGGCAGAGCCUCACUUGAUGUCGUCUCCUGUGAAAGCAUCUCCGCGACGAAGGAAGCUCGGUACAGCAAAGAAAGGUGUCCAGUUCUCGCCCGUGAAGAAGAAGUCACCCUCUAAAACAAAGCGUGGUGUGCGCUGGAGGGAUGAUACAGAGAACGGGACUCUCGCUGAGUUCCAGAAAACGCCGGAGCAACCUUUGGAGUCGCCGCAGAAAACUUCAUCGAUGGAAGUCCCACCGCCACCAUUUUCUACGAACGCUCCCUCGCACAUUCCUACGCCUACAUAUGAGCAAGACAGAUCUUCGCCUGUCCCUUCCCCCCCGAAGCCUUCAAUGGACCUAAAACCCCGCUCAAGCCGCUUUCAGACGGGCUUUCUUUCGAAGAAGGCCGAUGGCGCUUCGCCACCUACCAUCACUGCACUCUCUUCCGACUCUGAGACAUCCCCACUUCGUGAAAUCGGCAGCAACAUUGUUCGCCCAUCUGCUUUGAAUAUGGUCGAAAACGCAGAUACUGGUUCUGCGGGUAGUUCAUCUGGCUCCGAGGACGAGGGGUGGUCUAUGAACAAGGCAGACGCCCAGCAGAUUAACAACACUCUCAAACGCCGCUCCGUUUCGGGUUCUGUGCCAAUCAGUAGAACGCAACGACGCAGGAGCCCAACGGCAGCGGGCAGCCCCCCAAAUGAGAAUACCCUCUUCUCGGCCAGUGCGGCGCGACGGAUGGUCAAAGGCGAACACAAUAGCGACUGGAAGGCUAGCGUCCUCAGCCCUCGUACCGCCCCAGUUAUCAUCAAAAACGCACGUCGAACAACCAUGGCUGCCGCCGGAGACAAUCGACCGCAAGAGCCAACCACCUUAGGCAGGGCGCCCGUGAGAUUGGCAAGCAACUCUUCGUCGAGAGGUAGUCUCAUGGGCACCAGUAAGAGUGUUUGGCGUUGA